AUGGCUUGCGAAGGCGAAUGCCCCUCCGAAGAAUCAUGUAUCGACUGCGAGUCCAGGGUAGAGAAAUCGGUACAGGAUUUUAUUGCAACCCGUACACAUGUGACUACGGUAUACGAACUCAUCAGAGCGUCACCUGAUAUGGUUUCUUUACUCGUAGGAGUACAAAGAGUGCGGAUACCAUGCCAUAAAGCUCUGCUUGGAUUUUUCUCGAGGUUUUUUGAAUCGGAACUUUAUCAUGAAUCUUUCGAGGCUGCGAAAGCAGAAUUGUGUUUGCCAGAUGAAGAACCGUACCAAGUACAAGACUUUGUGACCUGGCUGCCAUCUCAAAAUGUCUUUGCUGAUGAUGUCUCAAUUUCCGACGAAGAUACAACAGACGGUGUUCCGUCAGUGUUUGAUGAAAACGAACAGGACUGGCAGGAGGAAUAUGUUCCUAAAAAAUCAGAGACCAGCCAUGAACUCGUUGAGGAGGACGAGCUCGAAGAGGACUCCAUUGGUGCGGAGAUGCUUGACGAAGACGUUCCUGAGGAAGAGGUGCCAGAUGAAGACCGGUCGGAGGAAGAGAUAAACGAUGAAGCCAGUUCCGAAGAGGAAAUGUUCGAUGAAGAUAUUGCUGAGAAAGUAUUGCCCUAUGAAGAUAUUUCUGAAAAAGAAAUGCUUGGCGAAGACACCACUGAGGAAGAGAUUCCCGACGAAGUUGGUUCUGACGAAGAAAUGGUCGGAGGAAUUAUUGCUGAGAAUAAUACACUCGAUCCAGAUGCUCCAGUCAACGCCAAUCCCGAAGAAGCUUUGGCCGACGAUGCGUCUGACUCGCCUACCGAAGAAAAUGACUCCUCUGUCUUGAAACAACUAUACAGCAAUGUUCUAACAACCCAUGUUUUCCUCGCACUCGACGCAGACGAGCCUGAUCAUCCUCUUCCCGUAGAGAGCGAAAAUUUAAUAGAUGAUGUCCCCCAACCACUAGAUGAAGACACCGACGACGUUACGAAUCUCUUUCCUAGGUCUAAUUUCGUCACACGCGAGGUCUACCACGCGCAAAUGUGGACACUUGGACACAAGCUCAAAUGUCCAGAAUUUACCAACUACACGAUCAAUACAUGA